UUUUCGAAGACGUCUGAAUCUCCCCUCGGGGUUCUGAAUCUGAGAUUAAUUCGGUAUCUGUGUGUAUGUUAUUUGUGGAAUCUUGUCUUGUUUUUUAAUUAUGGGACAGACUGUGAUGACACCUUUGGACUUGACCUUGAAGCAUUGGACUGAAGUUAGGGCCAGAAGUAGAGACUUAUCUGUACUAAUAAAGAAAAGACCCUGGCAGACUUAUUGUGCCUCUGAGUGGCCAUCUUUAGGUGUAGGCUGGCCAUCAGGGGGCACUUUUGAUGCAGGAAUAAUAUUGCUCGUUAAAGAUAUUGUUUUCCAGGCUGGACCCAGAAGACAUCCUGACCAGCAACCCUACAUUGUGGUCUGGCAAGACCUCGUCCUGAUCCCCCCACCUUGGGUAAAACCUUGGGUACAUUGGCCUACGAAUUGGCCUGUCACUCAAGUUUUCUCUCUAAAGGAGGCCCCAUCAGACAAAGAUGAAAGGGCUUUGGGAAUCCAGCCUCGCCCACGGAUAUACUCAGAGAUUGAAGGGCCCCCCAAAUGGUCGGAACCCCUUCCUCCCCCUUAUCCACAAGCCCCUGCCCCUCCUGAGCCUAUUGCAGAGCCCUCAGCGCCGCCCAAGGAAAUUCACGGACCUGCUUCGGGGACAAGUCAAAAAGCAGCUUCCCCUGGGGCACCAGAUUCCACAGUAGCCCUCCCCCUGAGAGCUUAUGGGCCACCUCCCCCUGAGGGCCCUAAUGGUCAACCUGAGCCACUGCAGCCGCUUCAGUAUUGGCCAUUCUCUUCCUCUGAUCUGUAUAACUGGAAGACUAAUCACCCUUCCUUUUCUGAGGACCCACAGAGACUAACGGGUCUUGUGGAGUCCCUUAUGUUUUCUCAUCAGCCCACCUGGGAUGAUUGCCAACAGCUGUUACAGACGCUGUUUACCACUGAGGAACGAGAACGCAUUCUUUUAGAGAGCAGAAAGAAUGUUCCUGGGGCUGAUGGGAGACCCACCCUGAUGCCCAACCUCAUCGAUGAUGCUUUCCCCUAGCCGGACUGGGAUUACAACACCACCGAAGGUAGGGAGCAACUGAAAGUCUAUCCAGACUCUAGUGGCGGGUCUCAAGGGAGCGGCGAGAUGCCCGACCAAUUUGGCCAAGAAAAAUCCUGGGUAAUAGGAGCUACAGGGCGUCAACAAUAUUCAUGGACCACUAAAAGAAGAGUAGACUUAGGAAUAGGCCGAGUGACUCAUUCCUUUCUGGGGAUCCCUGAGUGCCCAGCCCCUUUGCUUGGGCGAGAUCUGCUCACCAAGGUGGUGGCCCAAAUCACUUUCUCCCCUGAGGGCCCCAAAUUAGAAGCUAAGGGGCCAGUUACCCUUCUAACGCUACAGCUGGAGGACGAAUAUGAAUAUCGGCUCUAUGAGGUGCCACCUUCACCUGAGACUAACAUAGAGCAUUGGCUAUCAAAAUUCCCCCGGGCAUGGGCUGAAACUGGAGGGAUGGGACUAGCCCUCCAGGCUCCACCGAUUCUGAUAGAGUUAAAGGCAAACUCUGAACCCAUCGCAGUCCGGCAAUAUCCUAUGAGUCUUGAGGCCCAAUGGGGGAUCCGGCCCCACAUCCAGCACUUCUUAGAAUUAAGAAUUUUGGUGCCCUGUCGUUAGGCAUGGAAUACCCCUCUCCUAUCAGUCCGGAAGCCAGGCACAAAAGACUUUCGCCCUGUACAAGAUCUUAGGGAAGUUAAUAAGCGAGUGCAAGAUAUUCACCCCACAGUGCCUAACCCUUAUAACUUAUUAAGUUCUCUCCCCCCUGACCGAAUCUGGUACACUGUUUUAGACCUUAAAGAUGCUUUCUUCUGCUUAAGAUUACAUCCUGCCAGUCAACCUGUUUUCGCUUUCGAGUGGAGGGACCCAGAGAAUGGUCAAACGGGACAAUUGACCUGGACGCGGUUACCCCAAGGAUUCAAAAAUUCGCCUACCCUAUUUGAUGAGGCCUUGCACCAAGAUCUUGCACCUUUCCGCGCUGACAACCCCCAGGUAACUCUCCUCCAAUACGUGGAUGAUCUGCUCCUGGCUGGAGCCACAGAAGAAGACUGUCUAUCGGGAACUGAAAACUUGCUGACUGAAUUGGCGCGUCUAGGAUACCGAGCCUCAGCAAAGAAAGCACAGCUCUGUAAAAGAGAGGUAACCUACCUGGGAUAUAAUUUAAGAAAUGGACAACGCAGGCUGACAGAGGCCAGAAAGAGAACUGUGACCCAGAUUCCCGUCCCAAAAACUCCGCGGGAAGUCAGAGAAUUUUGGGGGACUGCGGGGUUCUGUGGGUUAUGGAUUCCUGGUUUCGCCAAUUUAGCAGCCCCCCUUUACCCUCUGACUAAGGAAGGCGCCCCCUUUACUUGGCGACCCCAAAAACAAGAAUCCUUUGACAACAUCAAGCAGGCCUUGUUGUCUGCUCCAGCUCUCAGUCUACCUGAUCUAACUAAGCCCUUUACCCUGUUUGUUGAUGAGAAAAGGGGAAUUGCAAAAGGAGUGUUAACCCAAACUUUGGGACCUUGGAAAAGGCCAGUGGCCUACCUGUCAAAGAAACUGGACCCAGUAGCACAGGGGUGGCCUGUCUGCUUAAAAUCAAUAGCUGCCAUUGCCACCUUGGUGAAAGAUGCUGAUAAACUAACUAUGGGACAACAAUUGACUGUCAUAGCUCCCCAUGCCUUAGAGAGCAUUAUCCGACAGCCUCCAGACAGAUGGCUGUCCAAUGCCCGGAUGGUUCAUUAUCAGACUCUGUUGCUGAAUGAAAGAAUCCAGUUUGCUCCUCCAGCUAUUCUCAAUCCCGCUACCCUGCUGCCUGAUGUCACCGAGGAACAGGUGAUACAUCAAUGCCACGAGAUCUUGGCUGAAGAGGCUGGGUCCAGGAAAGACUUGACUGACCAACCCUGGCCUGGAGCUCUCACAUGGUUCACUGAUGGAAGCAGCUACAUCGUGGAAGUUUUCAUAGAUACUUUUUCAGGAUGGGUAGAGGCCUACCCCACGAAAACAGAAACUGCUACUAUUGUGACGAAGAAGAUACUCGAAGAGAUCUUCCCAAGGUUUGGCAUCCCUAAGGUAAUUGGUUCAGACAAUGGACCAGCAUUUGUUGCCCAGAUUAAAAGCCCUUGAAACUGUCCAACGCGAAGUGUGGCAACACCUGAGAGAAGCUUAUGCUCCAGGAGACCUCCA